GUCGCGUCGCCGGCCGCCAAUUUAAUCUAAUCUAUCGAACGACUGCGACACUGGCUUCCAUACGCCACGGUGAGGUCGUACAGUAUAUAAACGAACGUCGCUGUGCAGUUUGUCACGCGCCACGUUUUCCGGCAGAAUUUCCUCUCGGGGUCGUUACCCAGCUGGUCGUAAAAGAGCACAAUGUUGACUCUAUUCUUAAUACUAUUAUGUUCUGCAUUCAUUACUGAUGCAGUCAAUAGAGACAACUUCAAAAGAUGCGAUCAGAGCAGCUUCUGCCGACGGUGCAGAGGAGUCGAGUCUGGAAAAACUCCAUAUAGGCUACUGCCAGAUAAACUCAUACAGAAUGAAUCAAUGAUCGUCAUAGACCUAUUUAAUAAAGAUACGGGUGUCACUUAUGUGGUACAACUUACCACAUUGAAAGAAAACACAUUUCGGUUACACAUAAAUGAAAAGAAUCCUCUGCAUCCCAGAUACGAAAAUCAAUAUGCGUUAUAUGAUCAGCCACAAACAGUGGAAAUGGAUUUUGUGGAGACCACGGCUGAAGCUAUAACUGUAACCAAAGGUGGAAAUAAAGCCAUUUUAUACAUUAAUCCAUUUAAAGUAGAAUUAUAUUCCCAAGGUAUUUUGACAAUAUCGGCAAAUGCUCGUGGUCUCAUGAGAUUUGAACAUUUGCGUACAAAACCAGUAAAACCAGAAGGUGAAAAUGCUGAAACAAAUGCAGAAAAUGUAGAAACAAAAAAUACUACAUAUCCAGGAGAUGGUGCUGACAAUGAUUCUGGUGCCUGGGAAGAAAAUUUCAAAGAACAUCAUGAUGCAAAACCAUAUGGACCAGAAGCUAUUGCCAUGGAUUUCAGCUUUCCUGGAGCAGAACAUGCCUAUGGCAUUCCAGAACAUGCUGAUUCACUUGCAUUGCAAUCGACUAAAUCUACUGAUCCAUAUAGAUUAUAUAAUCUAGAUGUAUUUGAAUAUGAAACAAAUGAACGUAUGUCUUUGUAUGGUGCUAUCCCAGUUCUCUAUGCUCAUGGAAAGGAAAGAUCGACGGCUGUUUUCUGGCACAAUACAGCAGAAACAUGGAUUGACAUUUUAUCAAGUGCAGACAAUAACGUUGUAGAAAGCAUUGUUAAUUUUGUAUCUGGAACAAAGAAAUCCCAGGUGGAUGCUCAUUUUAUGUCAGAAUCCGGAGUAAUUGAUGUAUUCUUUAUGCUGGGUCCGCAACCACUUGACGUCUUUAGACAAUACACCGUUUUAACUGGCACAGCUCCUUUGCCACAGAUGUUUGCACUUGGAUAUCAUCAAUCUCGUUGGAAUUAUAAUGAUCAGGACGAUGUCGCAACGAUCGCCGAAACUUUUGAUACACAUGAUAUACCGCUGGAAGUUAUGUGGCUUGACAUUGAAUAUACUGACAGCAAGAAAUAUUUUACAUGGGAUUCACGCAAAUUUCCAAAUCCUCUUGAAAUGAUACACAAUCUUACUGCCAAAGGCAGAAAAUUGGUAGUCAUCAUAGAUCCUCAUAUUAAACGUGAUAACAAUUAUUUCUUACAUAAUGAUGCCACCAGCAUGGGUUAUUAUAUUAAAAACAGAGAUGGAAAAGAUUACGAGGGUUGGUGCUGGCCAGGAGCUUCGUCCUAUUUAGACUUUUUUGAUCCAAAAGUUGUUGAAUAUUAUACUGGAUUGUACAGUUUAGAUAAAUUCCAUGGUACUACUAACGACGUUUACAUUUGGAAUGAUAUGAACGAACCAAGUGUGUUUAAUGGACCUGAAGUAACAGCACCAAAGGAUCUUAUUCAUUAUGGAGGCUGGGAGCACAGAGACGUUCACAAUAUUAAUGGACAUAUGUAUAUUCGUUCAACAUAUGAGGCUUUAUUCCGUCGAUCUGGUGGCUCCUUAAGACCUUUUGUCUUGACAAGAUCCUUCUUUGCUGGCUCACAACGUUACGCGACAAUGUGGACUGGCGAUAAUAUGGCUGAAUGGAGUCAUCUUCGUAUAAGCUAUCCCAUGUGUCUCUCAGUAGCUAUAUCCGGAAUGUCGUUCUGUGGUGCAGAUGUUGCAGGAUUCUUUAAGAAUCCAGAUUCGGAAUUAUUCAUUAGAUGGUAUCAAGCUGCGACAUGGCUACCAUUCUUCCGUCAGCACUCUCACAUUGAGACAAAGAGACGCGAACCGUGGACAUUUAACGAGGAAACUACUCAAAUAGUUCGUGAAACGCUCAGACUGCGAUAUUCUUAUCUUCCAUUAUGGUACACGCUCUUUAGAGAACACGAAAUAAAUGGUUAUCCUGUUAUACGUCCUUUAUGGGCGCAUUACCCAACUGAAUCGGAAACAUUUACUAUCGAUGAUCAGUUGCUACUUGGUGAUUCGAUACUUGUACGCCCGGUAUUCCAAUCCAGUGCUACUGAAGUAGCAGUUUAUUUCCCAGGGGAAGGCAAAGUUACUUGGUAUGAUAUUGAUACAAUGCAGGCCUACCAGAAAGGAGGAUAUGUUAAAGUACCAGUAACAAUCCACAAGAUUCCUGUAUUCCAAAGAAGUGGUUCUAUCGUCCCACGAAAAAUGAGAAUACGACGUAGUACAGUUGCUAUGAAGAAUGAUCCUUAUACACUGAUAUUAAUCGCUGAUAGCAAUGGCAAAGCCAACGGCAAUUUAUACAUUGAUGAUGAAGUCAGCUUUGAAUAUCGUCAUGGAAAAUAUUUAUAUUUAAGAAUAACAUUGGACAACAAUAAGAUAGUUUCAACUCUAAUAGAUAAAUUAGCUUCAUAUGAAACACAAAGCUGGUUAGAAAGAAUAGAUAUAGCUAAUCCACCACAAGGAAUAAAGUCUGCUCAACUGAAAUCUCAUAGUAUGGGAAGUGUAACAUUGGAAACUACAUAUAAUCCACAUAAUAAUGUAUUAACGAUACGUAAACCAGCUGUAAAUAUGGGCGAAGAAUGGACCAUUGAAUUAUUACGUUAGGAUUAUGAUUUUACUCAUAAUCAACUCACAGUAUACAUACCAUAUUGCCAAUUUUUCAUUAUUAUUCAGUUAUCUGUGAUCUUGGUGAUUGUUUCUUAGAAUAAAUAUGAACACAAUUUAGUUAAACGUUUUUACUUUUAAAAAAAGUAAAAAUAAUUGCUAAUUUUUUGAGAUUAAUCAAACAACAGCAUAAUAUUUUAAAUGUUCCAGAUAUAAAUUUUUGUAAUUUACAAUUCUUUGCUUUAUAAUUUAGUAAAAAAAAUAUAUAUAUAUUCCAGAUUAUUGUGGUACAUUGCAACAAAAACUAUUAUAAAAAAAAAAAAAAAAUUAGUAGUAGGCAAAUUGACCAAUAAGAGCCAGCACAGAAUAUCUUUGUGCAAUUAAUCAUUUUUUUAUUGAAAAAUUGAUCGUAAAGAACGUUUGUUAUAAACAUUAAUAACACAUAUUACAAUAAAUAUAACAUUAUUUUCUAUAUCUUGUAAUUUUCUAAAAUGAGAAUUCAUGUUAUUUUUGCUUCUAUUUGAAACUACGGAUUCUGCCUUUUCUUACGUCAUUAUAUUUGUUAAUAUAAUAUACAAGAAUUUAACUUA